UCAAAUUAAGAACACACACUUAUAUCAAUUGUAAUGGUCAUUAUCUCUUGCAGAUAUAAAAACAUUUAAUCAGAAUCAGAAUUACUUUAAUAAUCCCCAGGGGGAAAUUGCUUUCGUUAUAGAGACUCUAGUGUGAAAAUAUUAAGAAUUCUGAGAUACAAUAAAUAAAAAAGAAUAAAGAACUAAAACAAAUAUAAAAUUUGUAUACAAAGUAUAUACAAUAUACACACACACAAUAUAAUAUAAUAUAUACAGUUAUCAGAGUCCAAACUAUUAGUAUUAUUACUAACUUACUUAUUUACUUACUAUUAGUAGUAUUACUAUUAAUAUAAACUAUUAGUAUCUCUGUGGAUCAGCUCAUCUCUCCAUUCUCUGAAAUUGUUUUGUUUUGCCAUCAGUGCCUCAGCACUAUAUGGUUCCCUGUUAUAAGGACUACUUUCACACAUAAACAUGCUUGUGACCAGCAGCAAAGGACAAUAAAUGUUUCCCAUCAUCAGGCCAUUUCCCAUGGUUUUCUUGAUGAUGAUUUUGGUUAUCAUCAAGAAAACCAUGGAAAAUGUCUAGAUAUCAGCUCUUAAAUUAAACUCUUAAGAGUUAUUUUUGUUAUUAGCAUUAUUUUUGUCCAAAAAAAUGUACCUUUAGUUGUACCAGGCAUUAAAAUUAACAAUAAAGUGAAGAAAACAAUGGUGGUCUAAUUUUUUUCCCAUCACUGUAUAAUUUGAAGAGUUGAUAUGUGAGACUGCGCCAUGAAGAUAUUUUAAAGCUUCUUGAUUUUUAUUAAAAGGGCAAACUAGAUAUAGAGGGCAUAAUUCAUUAUAGACCAUCAUCACACAUAAGAUAAGAGGAAAUAGAGGAAUAAGAGGAACUACAGCUGCCUUAAAACCUGUUUUCACACAUGCUGGAGACAGUGAUCAUUCUUUGGGACUUUUUUGUCACUUACCUUUAACAUGUCAAAGCAAACACACCUGUGUUUUAUGUCCCCAGUGACAUCAGCCCACUUACCUACAAAUAGGCAAGAGUCAGACUGCCCACUCAAGUUUCAUCUGUGGGGUGGCAUGGAUCAAAUAAGAUUUAGCUUCCUACUUUUAAAUAUUGUUUUACAAUUUUGUAGCAUGAGGAGUGUGCUUUCCAUUCAGAAAAGAGAAUGGAUUGAUUCCCCAAAAGCAACAUUAACAGAGGGAGAUGUGGCAUGUUUUUCUGAAUACAUGGAGAUCUGGAUACACAGUGCGAGGAUUGAAGGGUUGAGACUCUGGCUCUCUGGGGCCUUAAAGAUCCAAGUCAACCUUGCUUCUCUGGAUCACCUAAACCUCCAGCUGUCUGCCUGUGGAUUCUCACUGCACAAAGACCCGGACGAGAAUUUUAUUUUUAGAGUCAGUUACACGGGAUGUUUCAUCCAACAACAGCAUGGCGACCAUGUCCUGACACUGAAUUUGGUGAAGAAGAUAAGUCGAUUUGGAGGCAGACCUCACAGUUUCAUGAUGAAGUGUCCGGUGGUGUCUGUGCUGCCCAGUAGAGAGCAAAUCAUGUGUGACACGGAGUUUAUUCAGGUGACCAGACAAGUUCCUUAUGACAACUGGGACAAUGAGCUGCUGUGGUCGCUGUCUCUGAGCGAUCACUUCAUUGUAGCUCUGGAGGAUGCCAGUCUGGUCCUGUUGAACAUUGACAUGAACGGAUCAGACAUUACAGUUGAAGGCACGAGGAGGGAAGUCCUAAGCCCCAUCAAAGUAAUGGACAUUGAAGGGGAAUUCUUGGCCUUGAAGCUGGUCAGUGGUCAGUAUGCCUACAGUAUGGAAGCUACGUGUCCAAGAGUGACCACGUUCACACCAGAGGAGACUGUGCUUCACAUUUUCAAACGACGUAUGGGUUUGACCAAGCGAGGCAGCGGUGACAACGAAGCACUGACAGUCAGUGAGGUGUCUGUGAACCAGACAGAUAAUUUCACCGUACAUGAGACGAGUCAAUUUGUGACACUGAUCAUUCCCACAGCCCAAAUACUGCAGACCAAGACAUGCGCAAAGAGCAAACAGCUCCUGCAGCCAUUCUACAGGGUGGAUGUUGUUCUCACCUUCAAAGAGACAAAUCACAAAAUGCAGUGGACCAUGGAGAACACACUGCCAUGCACAGCCAGGCCUGCUGCGUCACACAUCACAUCCUCUCCUGGUCCAAACACGACGGUCCCGUCCAUAGUCAACUUUAAACACAAGACUUUAACUAGAGAACGGCCAGUGAUGGAUCGGCUAAAUGAGAGAGCUUCAUCUGAAGUAACGACUGCCUCACCUCACACACAGACGGAGGCUCACAGCUUUAAUUUUUACACUGAUGAGGUGUCAAAGAGUGGAAAUUUGUCCUCCGAGUUUGACGGAGACAGAGACAACAUUAAUGCCACUGAAUUAAGCUUUUUUGAUUUUCAAAAUGCAACUGCACAUACUUCAGCAGAGCCAGAUUUCCUUGAGUCAUCACCCACAGCUGUACCAUCAGAAACAUCUGUCCUCACGACUGAACGAGAAUACCAACGAUUCAACACAACCAGGGGGAAUAAAGAGCAGCAAAAGCAGAGGAGACUGAAGUGGAUCUGGGAGGAAUAGAAACCUGACAGAGACAACACUAUCCAGUGGACUGACUCUGGAAGCAAACAACCUUUUCCAAUAUCCCAUAAUACAAUUAGUCUUUUCAUGUGUCAGCUAAGCAGUGCUGGAAGAAGUAUUAAGAUCGUUAAGUAAAAGUAACAAUACAAUAAUGUCAAAAUACUGCAUAACAAUAAAAAGUCGGUGGAAACUACAGAAGUAUUAUUUGCUAAGUGCACUCAAGGUAUCAAAAGUACUCAUUCUGUGUGCUGGGAUAAAGACCUACAGU